GCUCCCCCGGUCGAUACGUGGGCGGCCGCAGUACUGCGAGGUGCCUUAGCCACGGGCGCGCGUCCGGAAGCGUGGGGAACCCCGCCUGGAGCGAUGGUGGCCUGGAGCGAGGGACGCCCAGUGUUGAUGGGGUGACCGAGACAGCAGGGGGACCCGACAUUGUGCUGAGGGUCGGAGCCUCUGCAAGACUGCUUGGUGCCACCGUGGCAGAGUCCACAGGCAAAGCAGGCUCGUUGGGCGAGGUUCCUGUUUCCGUGCUUGAAACUAAGGGCUUUGGGGUCUAUCCUUAUCCAGCUUGAAUAAAAAAGGUGUGAUCGUUUAACGUUUUCCAUUUUCUCUCCUUCUUUCUGUAAAGAACUAGAAGCCGGGCUUGAAAAUGGAGAUGUAUGAAACCCUUGGAAAAGUGGGAGAGGGAAGUUAUGGAACAGUCAUGAAAUGUAAACAAAAGGACACUGGGCAGAUAGUGGCCAUUAAGAUAUUCUAUGAGAAACCAGAAAAAUCUGUCGACAAAAUUGCCACGAGAGAAAUAAAGUUUCUAAAGCAAUUUCGUCAUGAAAACCUGGUCAAUCUUAUUGAAGUUUUUAAACAAAAAAAGAAAAUUCAUUUGGUAUUUGAAUUUAUUGACCACACGAUAUUAGAUGAGUUACAACAUUACUGUCAUGGACUAGAAAGUAAACGACUUAGAAAAUACCUCUUCCAGAUCCUUCGAGCAAUUGAAUAUCUUCACAAUAAUAAUAUUAUUCAUCGAGACAUAAAACCUGAGAAUAUUUUAGUAUCCCAGUCAGGAAUUACUAAGCUCUGUGAUUUUGGUUUUGCACGAACACUAGCAGCUCCUGGGGACAUUUAUACAGACUAUGUGGCCACACGCUGGUAUAGAGCUCCAGAACUAGUGUUAAAAGAUACUUCUUAUGGAAAACCUGUGGAUAUUUGGGCUUUGGGCUGUAUGAUCAUUGAGAUGGCCACUGGAAAUCCUUAUCUUCCCAGCAGUUCUGAUUUGGAUUUACUCCAUAAAAUUGUUUUUAAAGUAGGGAAUUUGACACCUCACUUGCAGAAUAUCUUUUCCAAGAGUCCCAUUUUUACUGGGGUAGUACUUCCUCAAGUUCAACACCCCAAAAGUGCAAGGAAAAAAUAUCCAAAGCUUAAUGGAUUGUUGGCAGAUAUAGUUCAUGCUUGCUUACAAAUUGAUCCUGCUGAAAGGAUAUCAUCUAGUGAUCUUUUGCAUCAUGAGUAUUUUACUAGAGAUGGGUUUAUUGAAAAAUUCUUACCAGAGCUGAGAGCUAAAUUACUAGAAGAAGCAAAAGUCAAUUCAUUCAUAAAGCCAAAAGAGAAUUUUAAAGAAAAUGAACUUAUAAGAGAUGAAAGAAAAACAAUUUUUACUAAUACACUACUAAAUACAUCAGUUUUUGGAAAGGAAAUGGAAAAAGAGAAAAAGCCCAAGGAGUUCAAAGUCAGAGUUAUUAAAAUCAAAGGAGGAAAAGGAGAUAUUUCAGAACUGAAAAAGUUAGAGUAUGAAGGUGGACAUUGUCAACAGGAUGCAAUUGAAAAUGUUCAUGCUCUGCCUCAAGAUCUAAAACCCAUUGAACCACCAAACCCUGCCAAUCCCAGCACUAACUCUGAUUGCGUUAAAGAAGAUCUACGUGCUGGAGGUUGUAUGAUGAUGCCAGCCAUCAAUCUAAUGAACAGUAGUUUGACAGCUGCAAACCUCAAUCAAAAUCUCCCUUACUCCAAUCCAAGGUUAACUGAAAGAGUGAAAAAGAGACGUACUUCUUCACAAUCUGUUGGACAAGUUAUGUCUAAUAACCGACAAGAGGACACAGGUCCCACUCAAAGCCAAAUGGAAAAGGGUGUUUUUAAUGAACAAACAGGUCAAAGUGACCAAGUGGUAAGUGGGAACAAAAGGAAGGUGAAUUUUUCCAGACCUGAGAGGAAAGAAUUCCAUUUCCCUGAAUUGCCUUUCACAAUACAGUCAAAGGAUAUAAAAGGAAUGAAAGUUAAACAGAUAAAAGUGCUGAAGAGGGAGACAAAGAAUGCAGAUUCACCUAAAAUACCAACUUUACUUAAUAUGGAUCAGAAUCAAGAAAAAUAA